AUGAACCACCAACCCCUUCUGCUCACACUCUCUUGCUUCUUCCUCGCUUCCUCCUCCGUCUACAGUUCCGGGGGCGGCGGCAACACCCCGAAACCCCUCAGCAUGAAGAAUGCUUCUCUCACCAACAACUCUGAGUUCGACUUGCCUGUCCACACUGGAACCCAUGUUGAUGCGCCUGGCCAUGUUUUUGAUGACUACUUUGAUGCAGGGUUUGAUGUUGAUCAGCUUGACCUGGAUGUCCUCAAUGGUCCUGCUCUUGUUGUUGAUGUUCCCAGAGAUAGCAACAUAACUGCUGAAGUUAUGAAGUCCCUAAAUAUUCCCAAGGGUACACGCCGGGUCCUUUUCAAGACAUUGAAUACUGACAGGCGGCUUAUGCAUCGAAAGGAAUUCGACUCGAGCUUUGUGGGAUUUACGGAGGAUGGAGCAAAAUGGGUAGUAGACAACACAGACAUCAAACUUGUUGGAACUGAUUACUUUUCCAUUGCCACCUAUGAUGAAGCAAUUCCAGCUCAUGUUGCCUUUCUCAGAGGCAGGGAAAUCAUUCCUGUGGAAGGCCUAAAGCUUGACGACAUCCAACCCGGAAACUAUUCUGUGCAUUGCUUGCCUCUAAGGUUGCUUGGUGCUGAAGGAGCACCAACAAGAUGCAUCCUCAUCAAAUGA